UGAGGCUGUCGGCAGGAGACCGUUGCUCAGGGACUGCAGCGUGAGGAUGGAGCGCCUUAAUGUAGACACGCUACUAACCCCCAUUCGGAUCACAGACCAGGACAGUCUGGGACAAGCUGGAAAUCUUGAGGAACAUAAGGGAGGACCAACUCCACAGAAAAAACCAAGAAGAAACGAUAGUUACCAAUGUGCCCACUGUGAAUAUCUAACAGAUAGAGAACAAUUUCUGAUCAGUCAUUUGAGGAAACAUACUAAGGAGAAGCGAUACAAAUGUGACCAGUGUAACUAUUCUUGCGUCCGCAGGAAUUAUUUGAAAGUCCAUGUAAGGACACACACUGGUGACAAACCAUACAAAUGUGGGAUGUGUAAUUAUGCUAGUGCCCGCGAUAGUAGUUUGCAAGUUCAUAUUAGGAAACAUGCCAGUGAAAAACCGUACCAGUGUGAUCAGUGCAGUUAUGCUACCCAUGAAAAAUAUCGGUUCACAGUUCAUGUAAAAACACACACUGGUGAAAAGCCUCACAAAUGUGGGAAAUGUAGUUUUUCUAGUGCCCACAGUAGCAGUUUGCGAGCUCAUAUGAGGGGACAUACUAAUGAGAAACCAUACCAGUGUGAUCAGUGUAGUUAUGCUACCCAUCGAAAAGAUUUUUUGUUAAGUCAUUUAAAAAAAAUACACACUGAUGAAAAGCUUUACAAAUGUGAGGUGUGUAGUUAUGCUACUAACUACAAAUGUAGUUUGCAACUUCAUGUAAGGCAACACACUAAUGAGAAAUUUUAUCACUGUAAGCAGUGUAGUUAUGCUAGCCAUCAAAAACAUCAUUUCCUAGUUCACGUAAGGAAACACACUGGUGAAAAGCCCUACAAAUGUGGGAUAUGUAGUUUUGCUAGUGCCAACAAUGGAAGUUUGCAAGUUCAUAUAAGGGGACAUACUAAUGAGAAACCAUACCAGUGUGAGCAGUGUAGUUAUGCUUCCCAUCGAAAAGAUCUUUUGUUACUUCAUGUAGAAAUUCACACUCGCAAAAAGACUUACAAAUGCGGGGUGUGUAAUUUUACUAGUAUUCACAAAAGUAGUUUGCAAGUUCAUGUAAGGAAACAUACUAAUGGUAAUGAGAAACCUUAUCAUUGUGAUCAGUGUAGUUAUUCAGGCCGUGAUAAACAUCUUUUGAAAGCUCAUGUACUGAAACACAUUGAUGAAAAGCCAUACAAAUGUGAUCAGUGCAGUUAUGCUAGUAAGCGAAUAAGUCGUUUGAAAGAUCAUGUAAGGAAACACACAGGUGAAAAGCCAUACAAAUGUGAGCAGUGUAGUUAUGCUUCUGCCCGCAAAAAUGCUUUAAGAAUACAUAAAAUGAAGUCGCACACUUGCACAGAAUAAAUAAUAGUACUAGGUACAGAAGACUCACUCUCCAACCAAACGCGUCUGUUACGAUCAGCACAGAUAUGGCCGCUAGGUGGCGACAGCGCCACGCGCGGCUUAUGGCUUUCCCCAAAAUUGGGGUGAAACGGAUUGUCAUAGUAAAUUAUGUAAUUUACUAUGACAAUAACUCUACACUCUAUUCUCUUUGUCUUCCUACAUAAUAUCGUCAGGUGACAAGCAAAACUCGCUAAUUACCACCACAAGUUCAUAGCCACAGUGAACCAUAUUAGUACUAAAAGAAGGUCGAAAUUUGUUGAAUUUUUUUAGUAAUUAGUGACUUUUUCUUGUCACGUGUAUGUAUGCGUAGAUCUUUAUAACUACGCAACGGAUUUUGAUGUGUUUUUUUUUAACCUUUUCGACACUAUGUCAAGCACAAAAGCUGUCACUCGGACGCCACGUCACCGAAGUGUCAAAGCUGAAAUUGAACUUUAUUCAUAUGCACGUAGGUCUAUGUUGCUUUGUGGUUUGUGACUGAUUAAUCCGUCUUUGGCGUUGAACCUGCGGUGCGGAUAUAUCGGUCACUGGCGUCCAAAAGGUUAAUAAGUUUUUGGCAAAAAUUUCAUUUUUGGUACAAGCUUUUAUCGCUGACUGUACUUUUCUUACGACAGACAACUAACACUCAUCGAGACAAUUCUAAAAACCCCUAACACAAUUAGGUUACGUUGUUUCAUCACAGAGUUCCUAUGGCCACCUCCUGUCUCCAUCAUCAGAUCAGCUCGACGAUACUAUAAUAUUGCAUUGUCAUCCGAUUUAUACAUGCAUGCAAAAUUUCAGCUCAAUCGGAAGCCGGGAAGUGGAUCAAAUUUAACUUGCAAGAUUUGAUUACAGACAGACAACG